AAAUUCCCAAAAUCACCGCCCUUCUUCCCCUCUUUCGUUACCUCAACCCCUUUCAAACCAGCUAUCUUCCUCCACAAGACAAUAUGAGUUUCCAAGCUGGAGGUCGUGGAUGCUUCAACUGCGGCGAUGCCUCGCAUCAGGCCCGCGAUUGCCCCAAGAAGGGUACCCCUACUUGCUACAACUGUGGUGGUCAGGGACACGUCAGUCGUGAAUGUACGGUAGCCCCGAAGGAGAAGUCAUGCUAUCGUUGUGGAGCCACUGGUCACAUUUCCCGCGAAUGUCCUCAGGCUGGCUCGGGCGAGAGCUACGGCGCUGCUGGUGGUAGUCAGGAGUGCUACAAGUGUGGUCGGGUCGGCCAUAUCGCGAGAAACUGUCCCCAGGGUGGUAGCUAUGGCGGUGGCUUCGGCGGCCGUCAGCAGACUUGCUACUCUUGUGGUGGCUUCGGCCACAUGGCUCGCGACUGCACUAACGGCCAGAAGUGCUACAACUGCGGUGAAGUUGGACACGUUUCCCGCGAUUGCCCCACCGAAGCCAAGGGUGAACGCGUGUGUUACAACUGCAAGCAACCUGGACACGUUCAGGCUGCCUGCCCUAACUAGUUUGAAUGCACUCUGGACUGUUUGUCUUCUGUCACGAUGUCUCGCAUGGGACCAGACACGGGAAUAUGCACCUCGAUCGCACUUUCAUUGACGAUCUGCAAUUCAUUUCUCCCGCUUUAUCCUGAAGCCAAUCUCUGACAUGGCAUACGAGCCAGGCUUUGAAUACCUCUAUCAACCAUAUCUGGUCUGUUCGAUAUCCGAAAGAUAUCCAUUCCGCCAUGGAGUUGUAUGAACGAUCUGCUGUCUUACUUGAAGGCAGUAAGGUCAGAUUGAGGACUGAUAGGUGCAUUGUGUUGCGGGUGGACAAAUAGAUGAAAUCACUUGUGUGCUGCGGAAGACUUUUGUCCACGAUAAUGGAAUUAUCUUAACAGCAAUCUACAUCGAUUCCACAG